AUGCUUCUAUACAUGUUAAUGCACCAACUGCUCACAAGUUUCUUAGGAGUAAAGCAAAGCGAAAGAUUUCUGUUUUGCUUCGCGUUUUAUGCUGCAUCGCUUUUAAAUGAAAUGACUUUGUUCUCUAACAAUAGUCUUUCAUUCCGAAAUGUCCUAGAUACAGUCGACAUAAAAAUUAUCUAAGUAUUAUAUACAUCUCGAGGUUAUAUGUGAGACAUAUUUUUUGGCUAGUUAAGACUUCUCGGAUAGUUUUGAUGCUGACUGUACUAUAACAGUUGUUGACACUUGAUUGUCAUUAUUAUCAUCGAAUAGCCUAUUGUCUAUUGAAUAAGACCAAUAAUUUACAUAACACUUGAUACCGUACCAAUCGGGCUUAGCCGUCGUUUUACUUGAGAAUUAAAACAAGAGAAACUGAAAUCUUGUGUUAAAUGCCCAAAAGAGGCUGAAGGAGGAAGAGGAUUGAAAGAAGGCAACUCCACGUCUUGGCCCAUAACCUAAAUGACAUGACCGCACGAACUCACGAACGAAAUGAUUUACCUAAUCACUUUAAUCAGUCUAAUAGUAAUUGAAGUCUAUCAAACAAACGUUAUUGGCGUAGAAACCGAAUACGAGUGCUCUUAUUGUCAACCUGAACAAAUACAUAUUGCUUUUGGGGAGAAAAUCAACCAUAUAGUAGUAACAUGGACGACGAUGAACGACAGUCGGGAAAGCUUAGUGAAUUUCGGCGUGUUCCCGGAUCUGGACCAGAUGGCCGAAGGCGUACGCACCAGAUACAAGAACCUGCAUGGACAGUGGAUACAUCGCGUCACGUUGAAACAUCUUCAGUUCAAUACCAUUUAUAAUUACCGCUGCGGCUCCCGCUAUGCGUGGUCGGACCAAUUUCACUACACCACGGUACCUAAAAUUAAGAAAAAGCUAAGUGGUGCCAUAUACGGAGAUAUGGGUGUUGAAAACGCACAAGCCAUCCCGUACCUAGAACAAGAAGCCGAAAACAACAGCAUACGUUUCAUUCUGCAUCUCGGUGACUUCGCAUAUAAUAUGCAAGAUGAAGAUUCGCGUAGAGGUGAUGAGUUCAUGCGGCAGAUACAGCCGUUCGCAACGACCGUGCCUUUUAUGGUUUGCCCCGGGAACCACGAUCAAAACAAAAACUUUACCCAAUACAAAAGUCGCAUGACUAUGCCCAAAUACCAACUAUGGGAGAGCAUGUUCUACAGCUGGAACAUCGGCCGUAUUCACUUCGUUUCGAUCAACACCGAGGCGUAUUUCUUUCUCGGUUUAGGCAAAUAUACGCUGGUCAACCAGUUUCGUUGGCUAGUAAAAGAUUUGAAGCGAGCCAAUUCAAAGAAGAAUAGAAAGAAGCGCCCAUGGAUAAUAAUGUACGGUCACCAUCCGAUGUAUUGCAGUGGGAUGAACUUUAAAAGUAAAAAUCAAUGCUAUAAUGUACCAACCAGGGUUGGUGGAGAUUUACCCGGAUUUAAAGAUAACUUUGCCAUAGAACCUUUGCUAAUGAAGUAUGGUGUUGACAUCGCGAUAUGGGCGCAUCAGCAUUCGUACGAGCGGUCGUGGCCGGUGUAUGACAACAAAGUGUACAACGGCUCCGUUAAACAACCUUAUGUGAAUCCAAGGGCUCCAAUACAUAUAAUCACAGGAGCCGCCGGGACUAAACAAGGAAUAGAUCCUUUCACGCCUUUGAAACCUUCUUGGUGCGCAUCCCGUUCGGGAGACUAUAGCUAUACUCUAUUACACGCACACAACAAAACGCAUAUUCACUUUGAGCAGAUAAGCACGAACUUACGUGGAACCGUGAUCGACGAAUUCUGGGUAGUGCAAAAGCAUCACGGCUCAUUUUAUUCAAGCUAG